AACAUUCAUUUUUUUUAUUUUCAAUACCAUUCUUUUUAUCUUUUACGAUACAGACACUCGCUACGCCGCUGAACAAGCACAGCAAGCAAUCAUGUCGUCGUUCUCCCCCUCUUCUUCUUCCCGCCCCCCUUCCCGCAUACUGUUCUCCAUCGCGAGCUCCCUGCUCAUAGGCGUCGGGCGCGCGGCUACCUUCCCGAAUGUCACGACCACAACCAUGAGUAGUGGAUCGGUGAACAACAGCAGCAGCAAUGCUACGGCUAUGUUCAAAGAUGUGUCGGCGGUACUCUCGCUCCCGCUCCGCCGUGUCGAGAGCCGCGGCGUGGGGACCCCGAGUCUGGCACGCCGGUACUUUGCCACGGAGGUUUUGGGCGUGUAUGGGGCUGCGUAUUUCGCCGAGUUAACCAUCGGCACCGACGCCGCAAACCCGCAGACCGUCGACGUGCUCAUCGACACGGGCUCCUUCGAGCUCUGGGUCAACCCCAACUGCUCCGCCACCGACGUCACAGAGUACUGCGAGGCCUUCGGCCACUACGACCCCACCCUGUCGUCCACGGCGCAGGACCUGGGAACGGGGUUUGGGAUCGAGUAUGGUGAGGGGAGUGCGUCGGGGAGCUAUUAUACGGAUGAUGUGUUUAUUUCUGGUGCAAGAAUCCAGGACCAGCAGUUCGGCGUCUCGAAUUCGUCCAGUGAUGUCUGGUUCGGGAUCCUGGGUCUAGGUCGUGGCCAGGGUGGCGGCGUCAUUGAUUAUCCCUCCGUCGUGGACUCGUUGGAUGCCCAGGGAUACACGAAUAGCAAGUUGUUCAGCUUGGAUUUGGGCGGGCAAAACGCGCCUUCUGCUGCCGUCACGGGAGAAAUGGUCUUCGGUGGCGUCGACACUAAUAAGUAUGUCGGCAAUUUGGCCAAGAUUCCUACCGACCCUUCUGAUCCGCACUACGCAGUAACCCUCACCUCGCUCACCCUCAACCCCGACCCCAACACCAACGCCCCCGUAUCCCGCCGCCAAUCCCCACCCAUCACCGACCCCAGCUUCCCCCUCUCCGUCGUCGUCGACUCCGGCACCACCCUCUCCCUGCUCCCCGAGUCCCUCGUCUCCGCCAUCGCCGCCCAGUUCCCCGGCGCCCAGUCCGACGACAACGGCGGCUACACGGUGCCCUGCGACCUGAGGAACGGGACCGGCACGGUGGAUUUUGGGUUCGCGGGCGAUGGGGGCAGCACGGUGACGAUCACGGUUGGCUACAGUGAUUUCAUCUGGUAUGGCGGCGAUAGCUGCUUUUUGGGUGUGUGGUAUACGGAGGAUAUUGGCGUGUGGAUCUUGGGGGAUACGUUUUUGAGGGGGGCGUAUGUUACGUUCGAUCAAGACAAUAAUGCGCUUUACAUGGCAGAAUACGUCCCCUGCGGCGACGGAUCGAACUUGGUUCCCGUACCUGCUGGCCCCGAUGCGGCGGCUAACAUUCCCGGCUCCUGCGAUACUCCGACAGUGGCCCAACGGCUGCCGGUAGCGACAACUACUCUUGAGGGUGGUGGGAUUGAUCCUGAUUGUACAGAUUCCCCAAUGCUGCCGCCUCCUGCUUCUACUGUCGACAGGGCGGUUCCUGGGCCCAAUUCUCCCGACUUCCGCGACGAAGAUUGUGAUGAGAACGAAUCUGAGGAGCACCGCUUUGCCUACUCUAUGGACUACUCCAUCGGCUACUCCAUGGGCGAAACCUUCACAGCGUCAGAGACAUUUACGAGCACCUUUUACCGGCAUUUCGAGUACACGAUGAGCGAGCAAGUCAUGACUAGUCACGAAAUGGUCGUCACGACCUAUUGCCCCGGCGACAUCGUCACCCCUCCCGCUCCAGUUUCUCUCCCGACUCCAGCUGCCGCCAAAAUCGAAACGACCCCAACUACUAUCGCAACACAGACGAGACCCGAAAUCGACGUGACACGCGUAGCCGCAACCGUCACACAAACACUGGUCACGACAGAGCGCUGCGAAACCAACACGUACACCAUCACGUCCUGCGACUCCGUGUCAGCAGCUGGCUGCACCGUCGGCGCCAUCACAACCGAAAUGGUGACGAUACUCGAGACGGUGCACGUGCUCGCGCAGCAGAACCCGAGCUUGGGGCUAUCGACGUUCCCGAUGUCGCCGCCUACAUUCACGCCCUCGGUGUCGGUUUCUGUGUCUCUCCCGCAUGAUUUCAACCCUUCCUAUCCCACGCCGCAGUUUUCUGCUGCGCCGAGUAUUACUACCACCACCCGUUCCACGUCCUUGCCAGCGCCGGCGCCGGCGCAAGAACAACCACAGGGACAACAGCUACCACAACAACAACAACAGCAGCAACAACGUCCCCAACAGCAACACCCAACCAUCAGCCCAGGCACAACCAUCAACAACCUAACCUGGACCUUCACCAACACCACCGCUCCAAACAACGCCAUCGCCGGCAUACCAAACUUCGCCAGCAGCAACAACAACAACAGCAGCAAUAGCAAUAGUAACACCACGAUCAACGCAGGCAUCGCCGUCGCAACGCCCACGCGCCCCAACCCUAAUGUCUACUCGUACUCGCGAACCAGCACGGCUACGCCGGCGGGGCAGAGCACGUACACGAUUCCCAUUGCUAGUUCGGGGGCUGGCAGGAGGGGCACGGGGAUGGGGAUGGGGAUGGGGAUGGUGGCGGUGGCGGCGUUGGUGUGGGGGGUUGUGUUAUGAUGUUCAUGAUGCUUGUUUUUUGGGGGUUGCUGCGCUGCGUUGAUUUGAUGUCUUGUGUUUUUUUUCUGUGCGUUUGGCCGAUGAAAUGAAUUUAUGAUUUUUUUUUAAAGGGGGGAAUAAAAAAAAGGGGGGGGGAUGUGCGAUAGGUUGUAGGUCGGGAAUUGGACUUGUGAUACCUAGGUAAUGUGAAGAUAGGGGUAGAUGGGAUGAGUACGGGGAUUUGAGGAGGAAACUGUAAGGGUCGUUGAUCGGGAUACCAAGUAGCAGUUCGGGAUACCUUGGGUAGGAUAGAUAGGUGCCUAGUCCUUCGAUGGAACAGCUAUUAAGAGGUAGAUAUACGAAUAAUAGAGAUAACUAGUAGUUUAAUCA